GGUGAGGCAUUUUUGCUAUCAAUCCGGAUCACCGAGCUCCUGAGCUCCGCCACCCCCUUCCCGUGUAACUCGUCGACUCUCCUGCGAUCCCGCAAUAACAAUCUGCGCCGCCCUCCGUCCUGUUUCCCCCUCAACCUUUAUCAUUGCUCUCGAGAUGACGCCUUUUACUCUGGUCUGUAGGAAAGAAUUCUAUAAAAGAACACUACCGGACACGCGAAAACCCUUUUUGCUUUCAUCAAGAAAUGAGAAUCUCCCAAUAUAUCAAUCGCCUUUCCCGCUGGUCUAGGUUUUUUUAUCACGAUCCGCAAAGUGAGUCCGGGCGCUGUACAUCAUUUUUAUACUCACGGAAAGAUGCCAGACUCCCAUUUAUUUGAAUAUACGUCCGGGAGAUGGAUCUACAAUGACCAUCUACGGCAAUAUGAAAGAAGACGGGCUUUCAACGUCCUUGAACUCAAGCGACUUGCAGCAGUAUCAGUUCACCGGAAGGAAGAAGACGUCUCCACUUUCGAGAAACUAGCUGAGGGGGGGUUCAAUCGAAGUUUCCUUGUUACUAUGAAUGAUGGCUUCCAACUUCCAAAAUUCUUCGUCAUCGCGAGCGAAGUUGCCACGAUGGAUUUCCUCCGAUCUCAAGGUAUACCUGUUCCGAAGGUCUUCGGGUACUCUGCCAGGUCGGACAACGCUGCGGGAACAGAAUACAUAUUCAUGGAGCUCGUACAGGGAAAUAAUUUAGGUGAUAUUUGGUCUCAAUUAUCGGAAAAGGAGAGGAUAAAUUUGGUGCUCCAAAUUGUGCAGAUGGAGUCUCGACUCCUUUCUCUACGUUUCCCAGCAGGUGGGAGCCUUUAUUACUGCAAAUAUUCGCAAGACAAAUCCAGUUGGAUUGACAUUUCAAGCACUUUGCCGACCAGCAAGCGUCAUUUCUGCAUUGGUCCUGAUACAACAAUUGGAUUAUGGUAUGGCAAACGACGUGAUUUGUCGGUUGGGCGUGGGCCAUCGGCCCUGACUGCCGGUAUUAUAUUAUCUUAA